AUGACUGCCGAUACCGUGUCGAAGAAGAAGGCUCCAGCAGGUCCUGAGGAGGGGGCAGCGGAACCAGCCAAGCAUCCGAGUGUUGUGGCUGUUGAAGCUGAGCUCUCUUCCCUUCGUCUCAUUGCGCAGUCGGUGGCAUCUAAGGACUACAGGGGAGUCAAUAGGGUCGUAAGAAGCCUUCCACAGGCCAGGAGGCGUGUUGACGCAGUGUCUUUGGAGUACCUCACUCGGAUGCUACUGCUCCCAUCGGCUUCGGAGGCAGAAGAUGCCUGGAGGAAAGUACUGGAGACUGAGGCCAAGAGGGCCCAUGAUGAGGUGGAGAUGGUUGAUGUUGAGGAUAAGCAGGAUGGCGAGGCUCCUCAGAUUCAGGUGGCGCUUUCCGAGGCCCUACCGAGCAGUGUGCCUAAUAACCUGACCGAAGCUGAGCUCCCCGGUGGUGGGGCCUACAUCAGGCUUAUCAUCCUUAUAUGGCUGAUCGAUAAUGAACGGGUCCUGGGUAUGACCAACUCCAAAUUGAUAGCAGUGGCGCUGGAGUUGGUGGACAGACUACAGAAACUCAAUCAGAGGAGUCUCGAUGCUAUCAAUGCCAAGUCCUUGUUUUACUAUUCCCUACUGCAUGAGAAGGAAGGCACGUUGCAGAGCAUCAGACCGUUGUUGUACCGAUCGUAUAGGACAGCCGUGCUGAAGCAGGACAAGAUAUCGCAGGCUACUCUUCUCAACCUGCUACUGAGGAAUUACCUUCAUUACAGUGAAUAUGACCUGGCUAACAAGUUGUAUUCCAAGACUCAGUUCCCUGAUACUAGGACUAAUGCUGAGUUCGCUAAGUACCUCUACUACAUAGGGCGUCUGAAGGCUGUACAACUGGAGUAUUCCGAUGCCUAUGGUAGGCUGACACAGGCUAUCAGAAAGAGUCCACAAGGGGAGGUCGGCCGAGGCUUCAGGAUAUCUGCUUAUAAGUUUGCUAUCAUUGUCGAGCUCCUCAUGGGGGAGAUACCGGACAGGUCGGUCUUCGCUCAAUCGGACCUCCAGAAGCCCCUCAAGGUGUAUUACCAGAUAGCUGGUGCCGUUAGGAAGGGAUCGGUCAACGAGUUUGAAAGCAUCGUGGAAGCUCACUGUAGCGAGCUGCGUAAGGAUGGCACACUCAGCUUGAUUGGCCGACUCCACCACAAUGUUAUAAAGGCUGGCCUUCGUGGCAUCAACCUUAGCUAUAGCAAGGUCCCUAUGGAGGAGGUGAUGCAGAAGCUUGGCUUGAAUAGUCGAGAAGAGGCCGCUGGAGUUGUUAGUAAGGCCAUUGCUGAUGGUGUUAUUGACGCCACUAUUGAUGAUGAUGGGGACUUCAUGCAGUCGUCGUGGAGCACUGACGGGUACUCUGGUUCGAGCCCGCAACGACACUUACACAAGCGUAUAGCCUUCUGUUUGCAACUACAUACGGAGACGGUCAAAGCUAUGCAAUAUGCUGAUACUUCUAUGCUGAAGAGCAACAACAACGCAAGUAACGACGCCGACGAGUUGGCCCAGUUGUUGGAGCUCGAUGGGUCGGAUCUGGAUGAUGAUGACGACCUCGAUUUCUAG